AUGGGCAGCCCCAACAGCAAGGACAGUGGCGGUAAAAAAACGGCUAGACCAAGCGGCGAUGGCAGCUUCGACUCCACCACCAGCCAAAAGGUGUUCGACUCUGAUGAGGGCGGAGAGCUCGCGCGCACAGACCUGAUUGAGGACCACUACGCUACUGCAAAAGAUGGUGAAACACUAAACGAAAAAGAAGAAAAGAAGACCGCGGAGCGCACGAGCGUUCAGACGAAGGAAUACCGCUCUGAGGGGGCGGACGGCAGCAUCGUCACUACAACGGUACGCACCGCGACGACGACAACGCACUCGUACUCGGAUGACUUGGUGGCAACUAUUGAGGCGCAGACCACGACGGAAAUGGAAGCGAAGGAUGGCUUCAAGAGCACUUCGGUCGUUACGGAGACUGGAACUGAAUCGAUGGCAAGCCAAGUCGACAACAUCAUGGACGAAAAGAGUUCUUGUGACAGCGUCGUUGUUGCGCAGACGUGCCGAACGACUGCGAAAGACGAAAGCACCAAGAACUGUACAGAACGUACUGCUACGAGUAAGAAUUCGGUCGCUAACGAUGCCAUAACAACGGCCAGCGAGAAGUCAGUACUAGAAGCUGUGACGGAAGUUGGCGCUGUGACGUCUGACGUGUCAACCGAAACUCAAACGCAUGCUGGAGAGAGUAAGUCGCGUGACGCCAUUAGCGCAGGGACCGACCGAAAAUCGUCGUUGUUUUUGGAACGCCAAACAACUCCUGGAGAUUUGGUCAAAACUGAUGACGUGGACUGUCGCUCAAUUGGGGAUAAGCAAAAGCGAGGAUACCAGAAGCAGUGGCAUCCGAAGUUUAUCUCGUAUAUGGAUCACCGGAAGAAGCGUAUAGAAGCGCUAGCACCGGCGGAUUUAGUCGAGUAUGCGCGCCAGUUUUGUGCUGAGAACUUUGAUGAAUUCCGUCCGAACCUGUUUGACUGCGGGUCGAUGGAGGCUAACAAAGAAUGCUGGAAAAAGGUGGCGCAGCUUGCUGUCUACUACCCGAUCGUGGCUGUACAAACGCUAGUGCAGGACCUAGGUGACAAGAACGUGUUGAUUGUGGACGAACUUUCGCAAGACUUUGACCAUGGAAGUCGUAUUCAUACGCAGGUAGCUGUGAAAAUGCUUCAGCGCCUGAAACCGGAAGCUUGUGAGUUUUGUGAUGACCUUAUUGUUCUGAGAAACGGAGAAGUGGUGUAUCGAGGUACUGGUGGUGAAAUUGUGGACUACUUCAACGGUUUGGUGCAUGCGUGGGAUUUGAGUCAGCCAAAAGCUCAAGAUUCGCUAAACCUGGCUGCGACACCUAAGACCUGCAACCUCUCCACUAACUCCACCGAAUUUAAGCUAAGUAAGGGCUCCCGACCCUUUGCCUACAAUUUAGCUACGCUGAUGAAAUUCGCAGAUGACGCCGCUCUACGCACAAGUAGCAACGCAACAAUCAUUCGCCACACAUUGCAGAACAACCCCGAGGAUCCACGCGCCAUUUUACCAAUAACGGAGACUAUACCUCUACGUUUGCCAACAAAAGACGGCCACUCCGACCAUAAUCUGCAGCCUAUAAUGGUACCAGGUAAGUCGGUGAAGACGGAGGUGUUCCGCUCGGAGAGACCGGACGGCAGCAUCGUGACCAAGACGGUCCGCACCACGACUUGGACCAAGAAGUGUACGAAUGGCGAUCUCGUGACGACGACUGAGGUGGAAACGACGACUGAAACGGAAUCCCCGGACGGCACGACAAGCACUACGGUGGCGAUGGAGACCUGCGAUGAGACGGAGACGGAGGAGAGCAGCGAGUCGGUGAAGACGGAGGUGUUCCGCUCGGAGAGACCGGACGGCAGCAUCGUGACCAAGACGGUCCGCACCACGACUUGGACCAAGAAGUGUACGAAUGGCGAUCUCGUGACGACGACUGAGGUGGAAACGACGACUGAAACGGAAUCCCCGGACGGCACGACAAGCACUACGGUGGCGAUGGAGACCUGCGAUGAGACGGAGACGGAGGAGAGCAGUCUUCCAACGACGCCCGCCACGGAUGGUCCUGCUGUGAGUGUGACGGAGCAAGCUAGCACGGUGCCAAGCGAGUCGGUGAAGACGGAGGUGUUCCGCUCGGAGAGACCGGACGGCAGCAUCGUGACCAAGACGGUCCGCACCACGACUUGGACCAAGAAGUGUACGAAUGGCGAUCUCAUGACGACGACUGAGGUGGAAACGACGACUGAAACGGAAUCCCCGGACGGCACGACAAGCACUACGGUGGCGAUGGAGACCUGCGAAGAGACGGAGACGGAGGAGAGCAGUCUCCCGACGACGCCCGCUACGGAUGGUCCUGCUGUGAGUGUGACGGAGCAAGCUGGCACGGUGCCAGGCGAGUCGGUGAAGACGGAGGUGUUCCGCUCGGAGAGACCGGACGGCAGCAUCGUGACCAAGACGGUCCGCACCACGACUUGGACCAAGAAGUGUACGAAUGGCGAUCUCGUGACGACGACUGAGGUGGAAACGACGACUGAAACGGAAUCCCCGGACGGCACGACAAGCACUACGGUGGCGAUGGAGACCUGCGAUGAGACGGAGACGGAGGAGAGCAGUCUCCCGACGACGCCCGCUACGGAUGGUCCUGCUGUGAGUGUGACGGAGCAAGCUGGCACGGUGCCAGGCGAGUCGGUGAAGACGGAGGUGUUCCGCUCGGAGAGACCGGACGGCAGCAUCGUGACCAAGACGGUCCGCACCACGACUUGGACCAAGAAGUGUACGAAUGGCGAUCUCGUGACGACGACUGAGGUGGAAACGACGACUGAAACGGAAUCCCCGGACGGCACGACAAGCACUACGGUGGCGAUGGAGACCUGCGAUGAGACGGAGACGGAGGAGAGCAGUCAUCCUGACGACGCCCGCUACGGAUGGUCCUGCUGUGAGUGUGACGGAGCAAGCUAG